AUGGCCAUGGGGCUCGGCCGAUUCACACACUGGCUCUGGCCGGGUAACGCCGCGCGAGUUGGCAACCACGAGCUCCCCGGCAUCGCCUUGACGGGCGCCUCCUUCCCCGAGUUCCCCUCCGGGUUCCGUGAGGCGGACGCUAUCGCCUUCUCCAGUGCCGCCGCCGGCCGCCGCACGCGGCCGAGGAGGGUCAAGAACCAGCGGCGCAGUCGCGGGGAGCCCAGAAUUGACAGGGAGUACGACAUGGUCAUCGUGCCGUCCGACGGCGGCGGGUGCCUUUCCGGGUCCGAGUCCGACGACUCCGACUGGUCCAUCGGCUGGCUGGAGCCGCAGGCGCCGGAGAUGCAGACGGACGGUGACCAGGAGACCUCCUUCGCCGUCCUCGUGCCCUGCUAUCGCCGCGGCCGCGCCGAGCAGCCUAUGAUGCCCCAGGGACGGUUCCUUGGCGCUGGCCCUCUCGCCGAUGGCGGCCCCCGCAGAUGGAAAGAAUUUUGUAGAACAGUGGCUUUCUUCCCUCCAGAACUGAUAUCUGGAAUCUCCGUUAGCUAUGCUGUAUAUAUUAUUGCUCAGUAUCAUUAUCGAUGA